UUUUAGAUUUGUUAUUAAUCUGAUUUUUAAUAUUGGUAAUCUAUUUAGCGAUAAAUAAAUAUGCAAAUAAUAAUACAUUCAAUAUUAGUCUAACAACUGAUGAAUUGUUCCUUCAAAGAAGUUUCUUUGAUAGCUGUUUCAUACUAGACCAAAUAAAAACUGGUGUUAAAAAGGAAAUGUGACACAAUGGUGCAUGUACGUGUACGUAUGUAUAAAUAGUUAGUAAAAGUAUCAUCAUCUUCACCUACCUGAGUAUACCGUGGCACAGCAAGGACGCAUAAAAGGGCCGCGUUCGAGUCAAGAAGAGGAAGGGGUGAUCCGCGGGGUGGGGCAGUCGCUGAGGCAGAUGAGACCGUGCUGGAGAUGAAUGAAUGAACGUUUAAGACAGUCGUAAGAAGGCAUUCACGAAACAACGCCACUAUUUUCAAACUUUCGUCUUGACUUUUUUUUUCUACCCUUAUAUAUUUUUUGUGAUACAAUUGUUCUCAACCCUUUACAUCAUUAACGGCCUCAAAUUAUUGCACCUGGGUGGACAAAAGGGCUGUUGUAUAGCAUAUAAUGCUUGCGGUUUUUUUAUUCUAUUAAAUCUAAACCACUCACGAUCUCACAAAGUGUAAAAUAGCUUUUGAUUCAUGUUUUUUGUCUCAAAAUUAUUUCAAUCGAUUUUCUAUUGUGUUUUAAUCAAUAUUUGAAUUAUACUUUAUUAGUGAUUAAGUUGUUGUUGUUGUGGGAUUGUUAACUUUUGUGAUCAAACAAAAAAUUGAUAAAAUCAUUCAGAAAUCUUAAGAGAGAAAUGCAGUCUCUUGAGACAUCACGACAUGUACGCAUGGGGAUGACGUCUAGACGAACGUGCUUGUGGCAACCUUGGCUUGAUGUUGAUAUAAAAAAUUUCCGAUUUCCAUAUAAAACUGUAGAAGAAAGACCAAAGGCUACAAAUCUGCAUAGAAAACCAAGCAGUGCAUGGCGAAGGGAGCGUAGGAGGGACCCGAUUCAAAGUGAGGCCCUCGACAUGUCUGCUGCUAGGGUACAUCACAACCGUCCCAGCGUUAUCGUUCCGGCUGCUCCUCAACAUGGAACUACUAUUGAAGAUACUGCUGUGACACCCACGCCAACAGCAACGCCUUCAGCAGCGAUAGGCGGCCAACGAACUGGAAUCAAAAGUUCUGGUAUCGUGAGUGAUCCAGCGAUAGAUGAACACUUUAAAAGAUCUUUAGGAUUAGAAGAAUAUGCGGCAGUAUUUAAUGGAUCCUCUUCUACUGUAGAUAAAGAACCUGGUCUAAGUGUGGACGAUCACUUUGCAAAGGCUCUCGGUGAAACAUGGACAAAAUUACAGGCAACGAAUAGAAGUAAAGAAUCAACGUCAACAUAACAUCAACAAAUCUUGUUUAAAAAAGUCAAUGAAAUCAGUUCUAUACUUCUUUACAAGUGUUGCAGUUUUAUUAGUCGCUCAUUAAUUAUAAUAAUUAAUUAUAAAACAUUUUUGGUGAUACUUACCAAGUGGCUGGGAAAUUUUCUUGGUGCUUCCAAGUAAAAAGUCAUUUUUCACUAUCGUUAUUUCACACGAAAACAUCAUUUAGAUUUAUUAAACAAAUUACGUCAUCAUUAAAUUAAUUUCAACAACGAGCGGGAAGUGUAUCUUAUUAGUAAAGUAUUGAAAAAAAAAAUCUUUUCAAGUGAGAUCAAUGGAAAAAAGUGAUAAAAAAGAUGUAAUAUGUUAGAUUUUAAUGUAUAUAUGGUGAUCACUCAAGAAGAGUUGACACAACGCCACAGUCAUUGCCGUAGAUUAUGUCGUAUUUUAAAAUUAUAAUGCAGUUAUUUAUUAUUAAAUUUUUACUUCCUCAAAUUUGCAAUUUUUACACAUUACGUGUAUUAAUUGUGAGUAUAAGUAAGUUUAUAAUAAUAUUAGUAUGAUAAUAAUUUUUUGUUAUGCUGAAAUAACAAAAUACAUUUUGUGAAUAUAUUUGGAUUGUAUUCUAUAAUAAUAGAAUACUUAUGUAAGAAGUUUUCGAUUUAAUCGA